GUUUUAAAGUCGACUCCAGAAUCGAGGUUUCCCCUCAUCCUCUUAUCUCCUGUUACCACCUCCAACUACAAGUUAAAUCACCUACAUCGUACUGUCCAGCUCUUCCUACUUCAUCAUCCUUCGAUCGACUCUCCUCCGAUAUCAUGCCGAAAGUUAAGCAGAGCUCAGCUUCCCACAAAAUCCCUCGUCCUCGAAAUGCUUUCAUGAUAUUCCGGGGCGAAAACCUCGAGCUCCUCAAAGCAAAUACCGGUAUAAAUAAGCCAACCCAGAUGGACAUAUCUAGGGAGGCCGGCAAACUCUGGAGAGCCUUGGGUCCUGCAGGACAAGAGGAAUAUCAUGCUCGCGCUCAGCAAGAGAAGGAAGAACACGCUCGGAAGUACCCUGGUUACUUCUACAAGCCGAGGACGAAGCAACAGAUCGCAGAUGCUAAGGCAGAGAAGGCUAGGGGUAAGCCGGUAGCUAAUGCUAAACGCAGUGCCCGGCACAGCGAUGAUGAUGACUACGAGGGCUCGUCUUUCCGCUCCUCCUUCUCGCCAUCUAGUAUGGGCAGCUCAGACUUCUCCGGAGCCGAUUCUUCUCCUUCGCCUUUCUACUCCGGUGAAUCAUGGGGAUCAUCCUCUCUCGACUCAGGAAGUCGGGAGGUCUCCCCUUAUUCAAACGGAGCCCCUCCGCCUUUCGCUGGAGCUGACACCUGGAUCCUAGAUCCGAAGUUUCAAGCUAGUCUUGCUGGUUACGAAGUAUACAAUUCUCCCCUCGAGUCCACUCCAAUGGCCGCUACGUUUUCGCAACAACAGCAACAAUCCCUAGGGACAUCGGUAUACAGCCCUACCUCCGAUGACGAGUUGUUCAAAGCGGCUUUCGAUACCUUGUUGUCAAACGAAUACUUUGAUCCCACCACAAUAGCCUCAGGCUCGAGUGCUCCAGAAUUCAACCCGUUCGCCUUUAACUCGAACCAAUUCGACUUAUCCACGAACCCCAUGGAUUUCCUCUCUGGCUCUACUGAUCAGAACUUCCCGCUGAUCAAUAACGUCAACACUGGUGGUGACGUUGACUAUACGACGGACCUACUCCCCGAGCUCGAUCCCUCCUUAGUCCCUGGAAGCUACUUUCAGCGGGAGGAACUCUAUCAGCCCCAGCAGUCGAUCGACUAUCAGCUUGAAUGCUAUCGACUUCCCAGCUUCGACAGCUAAAUGUGUCUCCGACUCGCAGCUAGGAUAGCUUCUUGUUUUCUGCAUCUGCUUCUUGUAAUUAGUGACUAAAUUUUUCUCUUGCACUUUCCUUUUGCAUCAGUCCUCGUCUUCUCUACGGAUUUGUUUCUGGAUUAAUUCAAGUAUCUUCUCGCUCUUUCUAUAUGACAUUUUCACCCCCACUUAUUACAUUCCGAUUCAUGUAUUGACCGUCAUCCUCCUGCAUUUGUCUUCUUAUCCAUAUAUUUGUAUCAUUAACGGACCUG